UGGUGCGACCGAGAGAGCCACGGGGCUGUGCCUCAUCGUCGGGCCGGAACCCGAGGCCCCCAGGGAGGAGAGUCCCCAGGAAGAGAGACCCUUUGCCUCUGAGAGGGGAGGGGCCGGGGAGGGGCGGGGGGGGGGGCGCUCAGUUCUAGGACGGGAGCGCCCUUGGUGGCGCCAGACCUCGGCUCUCUGGACCUCUCGGAGGACUAGGCGAUGCCAGAGAGCGCGGCUCCCCGCGCGCGGCCCGAGGAUCUAGCUGGGCGCUGCCCAUCUCUGGGGGCCGCCUGGGACUCCGCCAGCGCCGUCUCCUCUCCCUCAGAUCCCGCAGCCGCAGGGGAUGACGCCGGUACCUCCGCGGCCCCGACUCCGGGCGGGAAGGGCGAGCCCCUCAGCCCGCACCGCGUCGCCCGCCUGGGCGGCACCGAUAAGGAGCUGAAGGCAGGAGCCGCCGCCGCGGGCAGCCCCCCAACAGCGCUGGGGACGUCCUGGCAGCGGGAGCCGCGGGACGAGGUUAUGGAUCCAGCGGGCGGCGGCGGGAGCCUGCUGCCCGAGCGGUGCCGCGUGCUGGUCCUGUUAAACCCGCGCGGAGGCAAGGGCAAGGCGCUGCAGCUCUUCUGGAGCCACGUGCAGCCCCUGCUGGCCCAGGCCGGCAUCUCCUUCACGCUGAUGCUCACUGAGCGUCGGAACCACGCUCGGGAGCUGGUGCAGGGGUUGGAGCUGGGGCGCUGGGACGCGCUGGUGGUCAUGUCUGGAGACGGGCUGAUGUACGAGGUGGUGAACGGGCUCAUGGAGCGGCCCGACUGGGAGACUGCCAUCCGGAAGCCCCUGUGUAGCCUCCCAGCUGGCUCCGGCAACGCACUGGCAGCUUCUUUGAACCAUUAUGCCGGCUAUGAGCAGGUGACUAACGAGGACCUCUUGACCAACUGCACCCUGCUGCUGUGCCGCCGGCUGCUGGAGCCCAUGAACCUCCUGUCACUGCAGACCGCCUCGGGGCUGCGCCUCUUCUCCGUGCUUAGCCUGUCUUGGGGCUUCAUCGCUGAUGUGGAUCUGGAGAGCGAGAAGUUUCGGCGCCUCGGGGAGCUCCGCUUCACUCUGGGCACCUUCCUGCGCCUGGCGGCACUGCGCGUGUACCGGGGCCGACUGGCCUACCUGCCCGCAGGAAGGGGGGUCCCCGGGGUGCCCGCCUCCCCUGCAGUGGACCGGCAGGACCAGCAGGGCCCUACGGACGCGCACCUCGUACCCCUGGAGGAGCCGGUGCCCGCGCACUGGACGGUGGUGCCGGAGCAGGACUUCGUGCUGGUGCUGGCGUUGCUGCACUCGCACCUGGGCAGCGAGAUGUUCGCUGCCCCGAUGGGCCGCUGUGCCGCCGGCACCAUGCACCUGUUCUACGUGCGGGCGGGCGUGUCUCGGGCCACGCUGCUGCGCCUCUUCCUGGCCAUGGAGAAGGGGAGGCACUUGGAGCAGGCCUGUCCCUACUUGGUGUACGCGCCCGUGGUCGCCUUCCGCCUGGAGCCCAAGGAUGGAAAGGGUGUGUUUGCCGCCGACGGGGAGUUGUUGGUCAGCGAGGCUGUGCAGGGCCAGGUGCACGCGGACUACAUCUGGAUGGUCAGUGGCUGCGUGGAGCCCCCACCCGGCCAGAAGCCUCGGCGGGGAUCACCUCCAGAAAAGCCCUUAUGACUCCACGGGCCUUGUCGUGCCUUAGCCUGCUUGGUCUACUCCGAGCUCAGGAUCCUCUCCCCUUCCCCCAGGACCGGAGGGCCUGUCCCCAGCUCGUGUGGUGGUGGGGAGGAGGAGCAAGCGGACCCCUGGAGAAGGCGGGAAGGCGGAGGACGUGCUUUGGAAGGCCGGGCUCUGCCUCCCAAAGGCCAGAAUGAGGCUCUGGGCCAGGAGCCCAGCCGGUUGCCCCCCGCCCCUGCCUAUGGGAGCCAGUCCCGUUUUGUCCUGGGAGCCCCACCCCACGAAUCAAAAUACAAAUAAAGUGACCCUCCCAGCCUA